GAGAGGGCAGGGGCUGGCGUCAGAGGCCCUGUAGAAAAGGUGCAGUUGUGACUGCACACAGAACUGCAGAUGAGGAAUAGAGAAGGGAGCUUCUCACUUUAAGGGAUUACAGCAAGCCCAUGCAGAAGAGGACCCUCCUCCCCCAUUACUCACACACAUAGCCCUGCCUGCAGAAACGAAAAAACUUAUCACAACAACGGUUCCCCCCAGAAGAUCUACAACACCCAUCAUUUAGAAGUUUGGGGCUGGCAAAGCCUAUCUCCUUUCUCAUAACUUUCAUUAAAAAAAGAAAAAAAAAAAUGCCCAUUCUGAAUUUUGACAGCUGAUCUCUGAAGGACUGUGGCCAUUCAUUUGCUAACUCCUCUCUGGAGUGAAGAGCUGUUUAAGGGGGAUCUGUAUCUCCUACUUGCCAAGAACGGAAGAGGCCUUGAAUCCUUACUGCUUCUCAUCAAGAAACCUUGUCAGUUUUAACCAAGGUAUCUCUUCAGCUCGCCUCCUUUCACAGUCAUCUCCUAAUUUUACCAAGCACACAGAGUUAAUGGACAUUUCAGUUGUUGCCUACACUGGGAUAAACUCCACCGACCACCUGAAGAUGCCCAGAUAUGCCCUUCAAGACUGAUCCUUAGCAGUGCUGCUAUUCCUGGGGGCACAUCACAUGACAUUCCCAAGUCAGGAGGGUCGGCGGCUCUUUGACUUGUUUUGAUAUUAGUAUCUAUUCAUUUUCACCUCCGAUUGAGCCUUUCGUUUACUGAAGAAGAAGCAACCCAGGAACCCAACCUGAUUGUUGGUCUGGACAUUCGGUGCAUGGCUUAGGACUCCAGUUUAUGGAAUUAGGCUACCAAAGCUUCUGUCAGAUUUCCCACGCGUGUCAUUUCCACGCUGCAGAGAUGCUUUUCCACAGUCUAUCAGGGGGGGAGAUGCAUGGGGUCAUCGAUGAGAUGGACAGAAGGAGCAAGAACGAAGUGUCGGCUAUCAGCUCUGCAAUUGAUAGAGGGGAGACUGAGACGACUAUGCCAUCCAUCAGCAGUGACCGGGCCGCACUCUGUGCAGGGUGUGGAGGGAAGAUUUCAGACCGGUACUACCUCUUGGCAGUUGACAAACAAUGGCAUAUGCGUUGCCUAAAGUGCUGUGAAUGUAAAUUAAACCUGGAGUCGGAGCUUACCUGCUUCAGCAAAGAUGGAAGCAUAUACUGCAAAGAGGACUAUUACAGGCGAUUUUCAGUCCAAAGAUGUGCCAGGUGCCACUUGGGAAUCUCUGCCUCUGAGAUGGUAAUGAGAGCCAGGGACUUAGUGUAUCACCUCAACUGCUUUACCUGCAACACUUGCAACAAGAUGCUCACCACUGGGGACCAUUUUGGCAUGAAGGACAAUUUAGUAUACUGCCGGCUCCACUUUGAGACUUUGAUACAGGGAGAAUACCAAGUUCACUUCAGUCACUCGGAUGUAGCAUCAGGGAAGGGCUCAGGACUUGGCACAGGGGCUGCCUCUUUGGGGCUGCCUUACUACAAUGGCGUGGGAACUGUCCAGAAAGGGAGACCGAGAAAGAGGAAAAGCCCAGGUCCUGGGGCGGACUUGGCUGCCUACAACGCAGCUCUGAGCUGCAAUGAAAAUGAUGGAGACCAUAUGGAUAGAGACCAGCAGUACACGCCGAAUCAGAAAACCAAAAGAAUGAGGACCUCCUUCAAACACCAUCAGCUACGAACAAUGAAGUCCUACUUUGCUAUCAACCACAACCCAGAUGCCAAGGACCUAAAGCAGCUAGCUCAGAAGACAGGUUUAACCAAAAGGGUUUUACAGGUAUGGUUUCAGAAUGCACGAGCCAAAUUCAGAAGGAAUCUCCUGCGACAAGAAAACAAUGGAGUGGACAAAACAUCUGAUUCCACACUUCAAGCUGGAACUCCAUCAGGGCCAGCGUCUGAAAUCUCCAAUGCCUCCAUGAGUCCAUCUAGCACCCCAACAACGUUAACAGACUUGACUAACCCUACCAUGCCAACUGUGACCUCUGUACUGACAUCGGUGCCUGGCAACUUGGACGUACACGAGUCUCGAAGCCCUCCCCAAACAACUCUUACAAAUCUCUUCUGAGGAUUCUUUGAAAAAUUUCUUUAUGAAAGAAAUUAUUUUUAGUCAAUUUCCAAGUGUAUUUUAAUAGAAACUUUGUUCAAUGACUUAACUACAUUUUUGGGGACAGUCCUGUUGGAAAGCUUGUCGUACUGUUAUUGCCAUGAGCUGAAGGACAGCUUGGAAGAUGUAUUUGCAGCACAACAUUUGUGUAACUGUACAGAACCAUGGACUUGUCAAGGGAAAGAACCAUUAAUUUAAGUUGGCUGAAUCUUCUGUAUUCUCAAAGACUGUUAUGUGCCUUAUAUACUGUCCUAUCAGCAUACAUUUUCUCUGUAUAUUUAUGACCAGAACAAAAUUGUUACAAGUCUGUUAUUUUCAUAAUAGUCCUAAAAACCCAGAUUAUUGGUUUACACAUUUUCGAAUGGAACCUUUCCUCUACGAUGGUAAUGGAAAAUUUGAGCCGUAAAUGGUCAAUGACAGACAAUAUACUACUAAAGUUUCCACUGGUAUUUUGACCCAGGAUUAGUUAUCAGGCUCUGCAUUAGUUCAGAGGCUAUAAUUUAUGUGAUGUGACAUUUCUCUCUGUUUUUUUGUAACUAUAUCCCUUUAGACGAGUGCAUACAGAUCUAUCAACCAACAGAGUGGCCAAUUUUUGUCUUGGCUCGGUCUCUAGUUUAAUUUGUUUCAAAACCAUGUAGCGCUUAUCAAGCAUUUUCCCUGGGCAGGUGAAGAACAAAGUAUUAUAAUAAUAAUUUUUCUGCAUUAAUAAGAAGUUCCUUCAUUGGCUGAUGGUCAAACAACUGUUCCAUCUAUUAGAAGCAGAGAAAUACUCACCAAGAAUUAACCUUCCAGGCUUUAUCUUUCACUGUGAAAUCUGAUCAAUAAUUGGUUCAAAGUUAUAUUUGCUAGCACUCUUAAAAAAUGGAACUCUCAGUUUAUUUACAUUUCCAGUAUUAUUUCUUUAACAAAACAUUUCAAAAUUGGGUCUGAAAGAGUGGAAUUUUAAAGAAGGUACACUUAUCUGCAUAGAGGUAUUUAUGGCUUGUGAUAACAGAUAAACAUAGUGGGGGGAUCAGUGGGUGGCACCAGUGACCCCUUGCUGGCUAAAGACUAAAGCACUGUACCUUUUCAUUGUCCAGACUGCAUCUGAUCCCUUUAGAAACCCAUAAUAGAGACAACACAGAAGGAAUUUGUAUAUUUUGUUGUUAUGAAAAAACAGGACAGGGUCUCAAAUAUUUGUCUCCAGUGUCUGCAUAUACUCACCAAAUUUGCACUUAAAGAAUAUUGUUAGUGUUGAGGAAAAAGCUGUAUGCAGAAGAGGAGAUUCAGAGAGAGGCACGUCCCUACACUCCACUAGAGAAAAAUAUCUUGCCUUGUGCCACAUCUGCCUGAGAUAUUAUGGUGUAUGCUGCAGGCCACUCUGAUUUUGAGAGAGUCGCUGAAGGUAUUUAGAAUUUGCAUCCUUUAUGACUAAACGCAUAUUUAGUUUAGUUUUUAAUUUAUAACAUUGAUAAAUUCCCCCCCCCAUUCCUAAACAACCUUUGUAAAAAUGAAUGGCCUUUGUGUAUUUGUUUUUUUUUUUUUGUAAUGUUUUUGUUUGGUCUCUAAAGGUAAAAAGCAGGUACGAAGAUGAUUAUACUAAUAAAAAGCUGCUUCUUUUUAUC